AACUGUAACUCUAAGCAGGAAGAUCAACACGUGGCUCCACUCUGCAGUUGUUGUGGCUUGUUGUUUUGACUGCAGCCCUUUACCUCUCUGUUUCCUAACUCAUAAUUAUCUCACUUGCUUAUCCAUAUUCAGGCUCCGUGCAUGUGAACACAGGCCAUCUUUCCCAACAGGAUGCUUGCUUCAUCCACAUGCUUCUCGACAAGGAGAGCUCAUCAUUCAUCAACAUGAAGAGGUAGCAGCUGAAUGACAAUAAACCAUUUUUAUAUUUGUCAUGGUGAAGCGUCAGCCGGCUCCCACUGUGAGAUCAGACUAAAAAAGAAACAAACUGAGGAAGCAGCUCAGUUCUCUGCAGACAGCCAACUGACAGGAAGGAAGGAACAACUACUACGCCGCGACUCUGCAAAAAACUUCUCGCCACUUUUAUCUUCAAUUCCUCUUCAAAAGCUUCAACACCUCUCGUUGUCGCUGUGGUUCUAUGGAAAUAUAAACUACACGCUGGCAGAAAGGGGGAACUAGAGCUUAGAAGCACCACCCUCUCCCUCCCUCUUCUCCAGCACACAAUAUCCUCUUUUGGACCCAACCAGCCCCCGUUUUUUCUGUUAUCUCUUUGGUUAAACACACACACACACACACUCACAGUGGGGAUGAUUGUCUGGGCAGAUGGUGCUCAGUGUGUGGACUAGAAGCUGAGAGGGACAGACUCCUCGUCCAUCAUGGGAUGCUGCAGUGUGACCCAGAGGCAUACUGGAGUCGAUGAGGUGGGCCCGGAUGAGAUCGAACUCCUGGAACUCUCUGGAGACAAUUUAGGGGUGUGGAGCCUGGGAGAAACCCGGCUGCAGCUGUCAGUGAGGAGCAGCAGCAGAGAUGAACAGCAGCAGCAGCCACUGCCACCACCACCGCCACCGCCACCACGCUACCCUUCAAUACGACACCUGCAGCAAGAGGUGGUGCUGUGGGGCAGGAGCAGGGACGAGUUGCACCAUAGGAUUUACUCCCACAAGCCAAUCAGGGAGUGGGAGGGCCAACCAGCCCACAUGUAUGGAGAGAUCAUCCACUCCUCCCUGGUGUCUCUCUACAACAGCUACACACAGGAAACCAGUGAACACUUCCUGGUGUUGUUCUCUUUCCACCUGCUGAUCCUCUCUCUGGACCACCCUCGACAAGACUUCAUUUAUGAGGGCAUCCUUCCCCUUUCUGGACUUUCCUUGCAGGCCGUGUCCCUGGACCCUGACACGUCACACUCACCACACAUGUUUGAGAUCAGCAGUCCAAUGAUGGACUCCAAGGUCUUCAUAUGCUCCAGUGCUGCAGAGUUACAGAAAUGGAUGCAACACAUAGACGACAGGAAAUAUAAGUCAAUGGCACAACCCAUGAGUCCCUCCCACUGCGCCCUCUCCUACCUGUUACCUUGUGAUGAGCACUGGAAAAGAGAAGAACUGAAAAAGUACUUACUACAAGCUCCCAUAUGGCAGUGGGAGGGCUCGCCGAUACAGCACAUGGGUCAGCCGGGGUUCAUCUCUGUCGUCCACAUUAUCAACACACAGAGACAGGGACUACAGGAAAGACUGAUGGUUCUGUUCCCUCAAGACGUCCUGCUGCUGUCAGUCGACAACAAGCGUCUGAAUAUAAGAUAUGAGGGCAGGUUGCCCCGACAGAGCAUCAAAGCUGUGGAGAGGUCGGCGCUGCCUGGACGUCUGGAGUUUGAGCUGAUAAGUGAGCUGGUGGAGAACCUGCAGAUCUCUUGUACCUGUCUGGAGGAUUAUCGGAACUGGAUGUUUCAGUUACAGCAGCCAGACAGAGACAGCCACGUUACUGUGAGUCCUACUGCACCUCCACUCAUGCCAAAGCUGCAGAGGAACAGAAAGGAGUCCCAGGAGCCGAUGAUACCAGCCGAUCAAUGUCACAUCAACGGACGCAGCUGACUCAUCUGAGUGUGGAGAAGCUUGACUGUAAUUAUAAAUCUGAAAUAACAUGUAGAUAGUAUGUACAUAUUACUUUUAUGUCUUAAUUGUGCCACAACAUGGAGACUGAGGAAAAAGAGGAGGCUCAAACGUUCUUGCCCCUUAUUUGACAUAUUUGGGUGAUUUUGUCCCUCUGAGGAACUGAAAAGAUACUAAUAGUUCCCUUUCAUGUGGCGAGAAACAGAAACAAGGUCACGACCCAGUUUUGAGCCAAACACAGCUAAAGAAAUGUUAGAAGUAGAGCCUGUAGAGCUGCAAAGGUUAU